CAUUUAUUUCAAAAGUUUUAUAAAACAGUACAUUUUUCGAUCUGUUCAUUUCAUUAUGGCAGUUACACCGGAAAUAUUGCCACCAAAAAAGAAGCGGGAAUCGGAUUCAGACGAGACGCUUCUUCGAACACUAUUACUUAAAUCGAAAGAAGCGUCUGCUUUGAAUCCGAUUCCUUUCGUAUUAUUUCAUAACUCAAAGUCAAUAAUUCGCGUAGCGAAAUUAUUGACCCUUGUGGUCGAAGACUUAGUUAUGAAUUAUAAUUCCGAGUCUUUGUUUCCGGCUUCUGCGGUGUUAUGUUUUGAAGAAAUGCUCAUUGUGUUAAACGGUAUCAAGAACUUGGUUUGUGAUUGUUGUGAAAAUAGCAAAUUAUGGCUAUUAUUACAACAACAAUCCGUAGCGAAUAAGUUUCAAGAACUAACUCUUGAAUUAUCGACUUUGAUUGAUAUAUUUCCGAUGAAAGAUAUGAAACUGAGUCAAGAUAUUGAAGAAUUGGUGAUAUUGAUACGAAAACAAUGCUCGAAAACAGUUUUUUAUAUCGAUGAAAAGGAUUCUGUCCUCAGAAACGACGUACUGGAAAAAUUGGAUAGAAUAAAAAGAGAAAUUGUUCCACAACAAUUUAAACUUAAGGAGAUUUUCCAAAAGUUGAAUUUAAAUGACUCGAUAAGUUGUACGGAAGAAAUCGAGGUUUUGGAAGAAGAGUAUAGGAAUCAAGAAGACGAGAAAUCAAAGGCGGAAAUCGUGUCGUUGAUUGGACUUGUUCGUUACGCUAAAUGCGUGUUGUAUGGUGAAUCCUCGUCACCAAAAAUUGUCCGCCGGAAUAAGUCAAGUUCAACAGACUUGACUAUUCCGGCGGAUUUUAGAUGCCCGAUUUCCCUGGACUUAGUCAGGGAUCCGGUGGUUGUAUCUACCGGACAAACAUAUGAUCGGGCAUCGAUAAAUCUUUGGAUUGAAUCCGGACACACAACAUGUCCGAAAACAGGUCAAACCUUAGACCAUACGGAAAUGAUACCAAAUCAUGCAUUGCGUAACUUGAUAAUAAUGUGGUGCCGUGAGCAUAGGAUUCCGUUUGAAUCAACGGAAACAAAGGAAAAAGUUAACGGCGUAACAACGAAUAAAACGUUGAUUGAGGCAACAAAAAUGACCGUGUCGUUUUUACUUCAAAAGGCGAAAGCAUCACAAUCGUUAGAAACGACAAAUCGGUUUGUUUACGAGCUUAGGGCGUUAGCCAAGACGGAUUCAAACAGCCGAGCUUGUAUCGCGGAAGCCGAUGGACUUCCUUUGUUGGUUAAGUUUUUAGGACAAGAGCAUCCGACGUUACAAGUUAACGCGGUUACAACGAUACUAAACUUGUCUAUACUCGAAGCAAAUAAGACACUUAUAAUGGAAACAGACGGGGUUUUAAACGGGGUUAUUGAGGUCUUACGAAAUGGUGCUACUUGGGAAGCGAAAGGAAAUGCAGCCGCGACGAUUUUUAGUCUUACGGGUGUUCAUGCUUAUCGAAAAAAGCUAGGCAGGAAAAGCCGUGUGAUAAAGGGUUUAAUGGAAUUGGCUAAAAAUGGGCCUAUUAGUUCAAAACGAGACGCAUUGGUUGCAAUUUUAAACUUGGCAGGUGAUAGGGAGGCCGUCGCAAAGUUGCUUGAGAUCGGAGUAGUUGAAAUGGCGAGUCAAGUGAUGGACGGGUUACCAGAAGAAGGCGUGACAGUUCUUGAGGCGGUCGUGAAAAAAGGUGGAUUGGCUGCUAUUACCGCAACCUUUCAUAUAAUAAAAAAGUUGGCGAUGAUAUUGAGGGAUGGAACCGAGAGGGCACAAGAAAGUGCGGCCGCGACACUUGUGAAUGUUUGUCGUAAAGGUGGGCCCGAAGUUGUGUCUGAGUUGGCCGCGAUCCCAGGUAUCGAGAGAGUGAUUUGGGAAGUAAUGGGGAUGGGUACAGGGCGAGGACGGAGAAAGGCAGCAACGUUGUUGAGGAUUCUUCGGAGAUGGGCAGCCGGGCUAUAUGGGAACGCUACAGCGGCCUACUCAGCCACUGCAACAACUACUACGAGAGUAGUGUUGCCUGCAUAGAUCAUUUACAUAAAGAAAAAAAAAAAACAAGAAACUAGAUUUUUUUUUUUUUUCAUUUGAUUCUUUUGGGGGAUUAUGUAAUUAACUGCAUACUUUCAUUUGCUUUUCUUCUUCUAAUUUUAUAUCAAACAGUAAAUGUGGCAAUGGUGCCCACCUUCAAAAUGUAAACAUGUUAUUACUUUAUAACACUUUAUAUACAAAAUGGUUCGAUAA